AUGAAAUCGGUCAUUUCAUUCACUCUUCCAAUGCCAAGAACUUUUAUUUUUUCGUUUCUCGUAUUUUAUCUAUUUUCAUCAACAUUUUUGUUCUCAACAAGUUUGGCUAUCAAAUGCCGAAUAUAUCACGAUUUUUAUCAAGAUGGACAACAUAUAACAAUGGUUCCGGAUACAUGUUAUUCAGGUGCCGAUUAUUGUGUUCUUGCUAUAUAUCGGGAUCCAGAUCCAGUGAAGAAAAAUGGAUUUUCAGUUGGCUGUGAUGUGGUUGAUUGUAAAACUGUCAAUGAUCCGGCGUAUAGUGGAUGGAAAAAACGAAAAGAUGGAAUGAUUUGUCGAAAAAGUCGUGAUUAUGGGAAAUUUGGCGAACUUUGUUGUUGUGACACACCAAUGUGCAAUAAUCCAAGCCAGGCAAUUCAAUUUAUCAUUGUAUUCGUCUUUGUGUUUUUCAAUAUUCUAUUACUCUAA